UCUUUUUAUUCAGAAUUGGAUUGCUUUCGGGGCUAAACACACGUUUACCUCCUAAAGUAUCUUUUCAAAAUUCUCAACAAAAUUUUUAGGUUUAAUUUAGGAUAAAAUUGUAUUCUGGACAAAACUCUCUUUUGGCUUAAAUUUGAAUCGAAACAAAAUGUUUAAACGAUCCGCCGUCAUGUUUGGACGAUGCACGAAGGACUGUCUUCGCAGCGGCGUCAUGCGUCCCAGCUUCUUGGUUCGUUCCCACCAUUUGGCCAGUUUUAAGCAUGCAGGCAUUCAAGACCAACGGAAUGUGCGCCCCAAUGAAUCGCCCAAAACUCUGAAGGAUGGAUACAUCGGAGUAAUACAUGUCCAGGGCCACGAAUCGGCCAACCUCGUCAAUCCCAUGCAACGCAGAUUCCUGAACGACCUGGAGCUUCUGCAGAAUCGUUGGUUAAAGGAAGAAAAGAAGAGCCAGGACGAUGUCGGAACUUUCAACAAGCCAAUUACCAUGUCUGCCGGAAGUGACAAAGAUAAUGAAAAAAUGUGCAAGGAAAUGGCCCGAAAGAAAAAAGCCGAAAAGGAUAAAUUGAAAAGGAAAUGCGCUGAAUUGGCAGCCAAGGAUAGAUGCGCAAAGGACCAAAAGGAGAAAGCCAAGAAAGAAGCCGAAAAGAAAGGAGGAGACAAGAAGAAAGGAAAGGAUAAGAAAAAGGGAGGAGACAAGACGAAAGGAGAGGACAAGAAGAAAGGCGACAAAAAAGUAGCGGACAAGACGAAAGGAGAGGAUAAGAAGAAGAAAGGCGACCAAAAAGGAAAGGACAAGACGAAAGGAGAGGACAAGGCGAAAGGAAAGGACAAGAAGAAAGGCGAUAAGAAAGGAGGUGACAAGACGAAAGGAGAGGACAAGAAGAAAGAAGAUGACAAAAAGAAAGGCGAUAAAGACAUAAAGAAAAAGUGCGCUGAAAUGGCUGAAAAGGAGAAGUGCAAAAAAUUGGCCCAAGAAGAAGCAGAAAAGAAAGCGAAAGCUAAAUGCGCUAAAAUGGCCAAGGAAGAAGCGAAAAAGAAAGAGCUAGCAAAAUGUAUGGAAAUGGCCGAGAAGGAAAAAUGUAAAAAGGGAGCCGAUAAAGAUAAGAAAUCCAAGAAGUAGGUGACCAUGAAGGGGUGAAAAAUUAUCCAAAAUAUACAAUAUAAUUUAAUUUA